AUGUCUACGGACGUUCCCCGCCACUUCAGAGAGCCGGCCGUGUCGCUGCCUAUGGCACCACGCCGCGCUGUGCUUCAAAGUCUGUCGACGCAAGAGACUGUGCCAGUGCAUCGUCAUGGUGUAACUGCGCCUAUGCAUAAGCUGAGUGAGAAUGGCAUGCAACACGAAGCACACAAGUAUGUACAGGAUCGCAUGCGAACUGCGGCGCCAACGAUGAUGGCGACGGAGCGUGGUCGUGACCAACUCGCUCCGUUAGAUGGUCUGAACAAUUUGGGGCCAGCCGCGCAUGUUCAGCCGCUAUCUCCGAAGCGUGCGCCUGCACCCAUCACGAAAGAAGCCGCCGCAGGGUCGCACACGAGCAAGAAGCCGCAGCUGCCCACGCCGCCGCGUGUCAUUGUUGACCCAGAGGGCCGUCAGUACGAACGACAUGCGAUGCUAGGUCAGGGUGGCUUUGCUCGUGUGUACCAUGUAACGAAUGAAAUUGGAGAAGACAAGGCAUUCAAGGUCAUUGCGAAGAGUGCGAUUAUGCAGUCAAAGAAGAAUCGGCAGAAGAUUCUCGCAGAGAUCAUGAUCCACAAGUCAUUGAAACAUGUGCAUAUUGUGGGCUUUGAAGAUGUGUUUGAAGAUUCAGAAAAUGUGUAUUUUGUGUUGGAGCUGUGUCACAACGGAAACAUGAAUGACAUCGUCAAACGGCGUGGACCAUACCUGGAGUCUGAGGCGCGGUACUUUAUGAUACAGAUUCUUGCAGGCAUUCAGAACAUGCAUAAUAACUCGAUCAUCCACCGUGAUCUUAAACUGGGAAAUGUGUUCCUCGACAAACACAUGAAGGUGAAGAUCGGCGACUUUGGACUCGCGGCGCUGCUGAAGUACCCAGAGGAGCGCAAAAAGACCGUUUGUGGUACGCCCAACUACAUCGCUCCUGAAAUCCUCUACGACCAAGGCGAAGGUCACAGUUUUGAAGUCGAUAUCUGGUCGGUCGGCGUCAUUCUCUACACGCUGUUGGUCGGCCGGCCGCCAUUCCAGACGAGCAAUGUGCAAAAAAUUUACGACCGGAUCCGACGUAAUGAGUACGAAAUUCCUCCUGAGGCCAACUUGUCGCCCGAAUCCCAGGAGCUGAUCCGUCAAAUUCUAUCUCAGCGCCCAUCGGAGCGUCCAACGCUGCACGAGAUUAUGAACCACGCUUGGUUCCGUGUUGGCACUGUGCCUCUUACGGUGCCCUCGUCCGCUGUGUACCAGCAGCCAUAUAUCCCCGCACUCUCCGAGGCCGAGAGCCUGCGCAAUUUUGAGCAGCUGAAGCUGGAGGCGCAGUGGCUCACAGAAGAGCAGGAGGCAGCUGCAGCUGCUGCAGAGGUCGUCAGCUCGCCACGUCCGGAUGCUCGCCACGAGCUGAACAAUCUCGAGGCGGCAGAAGAGGACCGCGACCGCUUGGACCGAGAGUCGCAGCAGGCGAUCAACCCGGGCAGUCCCAUUUCGACGUUGCUCAAGCAGAGCAGCGGCGACCAACGUGCACUUUCAACGAUGGAGCUGACGGAGCACUACUUGAGUCAGGCACUCGCACAUUUAGACGCUGAUAUAAUUGAGCCGAUGGUAUGUGUGGAUCCUAUGGGCGAAGUCGUCACAGUGCCGCUGCCGAAUGUCAUGGAUGGAGAAGGUGGACAGCUCCGCCUGAAACCGGACGCGCCGCGUCUCUUUAUUAUUUCGUGGCUGGACCACUCUGAAAAGUACGGCCUGGGCUACGCUCUGUGCAACGGCACCGUCGGCGUGCACUUCCGCGACUCGACAAGCAUGGUCCUUGCGCCUCGGCGCCAAGCGUUUGACUAUGUGUACACAGUACGGCAGCGUUCUUCUGACCACGAGCGGCAUGAUCAGCUGCGACGAGAGAACUAUGCACUACCGCCAUCGACAGCGACAGGUCCAUUGGACUGGCUCCCACGUGAGCUUGUGUCGAAGUUCAAGCUCUUGCGCUUCUUUGAGAGCGAGAUCAUGGAGCGUCUGUACGGCGCCGACAGCCCCUUGACCUAUGUGGACGAACAUGCAACGUCGCAUCUCGGAUUCGUUCACAAGUGGUACCGGUGCAAGCAGGCUAUUGUCUUCCGCCUCAGCAACGGGACUGUCCAGUUCAACUUUUACGACCACACGAAGGUGUUCUUGUCUUGUGACGGCCUGGUGAUCUCGGCGAUUGAGCCUGUUGACCGCACAGAUGGCGUGCCAGUGUUACGCACAUGGACGCUCACUGAGCUCGUGGCUAUUGCUCAUCCACGCCGCUCUGCGACAGAGACAGCUUCUUUGCACGAUACGGCACAGUUCCCGACAUACUUCACGACCAAGCCUAGUGAGCGCCGCUUUGUGCGCCAGGUCAUCAAGAAGUUGCGCUACGUGCGAGAUGUACUGCUGACGACGACAACGGCAUCAUCGUCGUCGCCUGCCUCGUCGGCAUCGCCGCAUUCAUGA